AUGCCCGUGGUUUCUUUGGUAGAGUUGCCUUCUCAUGGCUGUAGCCUGUAUGCCUCAUCCCGCAACCAAACUCUGUACGGUCGAAUGAUGGCAUUCUGGUCUAGUUAUUACUGCACUAAGUGCUGGGAUUUUGGAGAGAGCGAAAGUGGUAUCUUCAGAGUGGGGAUUCAUGGAACAUUGACGCCCUGCUCGCAGGGAACAGUCUCUGGGUUUUGCCAGCCCAUGCGCAUGGCCUGGGUGCUGCAGUCUUGUCUGCCCAGCAGCUUCUCAAGCCCGUCUCCGCCAAAGCAAAAGAAUCCACCAAAAAUAAUGCGGACGCCGGGAUGUGAAAGGGGGCCAGCGAUCCACGAGGAUUGGCCAGCAAAUAGUGAUCAGGACGGAUCCAACUCUCUUGACGUGGCCGCCGCAGAGGCUGCUUGCUCAGCCAACCAAAGCCCAGCGCUCCGACGUGGUGGCUAUCUCGCCCGUUCUGUCCUCGUCUGCGAACAUGCACGAUGCACCGCAAGGGAGGGGAAGAGGCUUUCUGCGAAAUCUCAUCGACAGCAGCUCCUUCACACUUUUACCCAACAAGCCCAAAUUCCCAAGCCAAUCCCGAAAUGUAGCACCCAAAGCUUUGCGAUCGGGUCUGUCGCAAGCCUCAACGCGCAAGGUAUCCGGAUCUCAGCAAUUGCCGGACUGCAAAGCUUACUAUCAGAUGAAAAGGGUUGUUCUGGUGGUCAUGCUCCGGCAUCACCGCAUCUCGUCCACUAUUUAGGUGUGAAACCUCCACUGUUCGCAACUUCAACUUCUCCCAACUCCCUGUCGGCUUGCACCUUUUCAACCUCAACCAUUUCAAUCAGCAACUCUCUUGUGCUGUUUUAUCUUCGAAUCCAGGUGCUGGGCAGUGCUCUAUCUGGCCUUUUGCAUCGUCUUGUCUUUUUUACCCUUCCUGCUGCCUGA